CGACGCAAUAUUUUGGCUAAAUAUUUUGUAUUACGGGGGGAAUUCAAGUUCCCUGCCAUCUCUACUUUCUGGAUCUGAAAGGUGCCAGAUUUUGUGGGUUGGGUUUUCAUAGUAUGUGGGGCGUGAGCUUGAUGAAGUCAUCCGGAAAUGUGAAAAGACGUCCGCUAAUACAUCGUUAUCCACUUCGUCGGGGCAGUGGAGGAGGGUGGUGUUGAAGCAGUCUUAUUCGUACACUGCGACAAUGGGACAAUGGAGAGAGGGGGUCCACAAAGGUUUCCGGGGCACGGAGUGGAGGAGGGUGGUAGUGCAGUUAAGGAGUAGGCUAUACACUUUCUGGCUAUUAGGACGCACGCAGUUUGGUUUCGUAUCGUGCCCCUAAGCGAUUGGUCCUCAAUGGGCUUGCGGCUUGAACUUGUACCCUAUUGGUAACCGGAAGCUGAUUCUUUGUUGUGGCCAGCUGUACGGUUGCGCGGGACUGGUUUCACCCACGGCUGUUGUGGUUAGCUCAUGUAAUUUGCAAGAAAUGUCGACUUGUGCUUCUUUUCAGGUUCAGAUGGCCUCCAUCAUGGAGGUUUUAACUAAAACGGCAGUAGCAGAAAUGACUAAACUUGUCGAUGAUGAGUCUGCUGCCUUGCGAUUGGAGAUGUGCAGAAGCCAAAGAGAAAACGAAAGACUAAAAACGAAGUUACUGCUGAUGGAGGGAGAGCUCAGGGCUGUGCGAGGAUACGGAGAGGGAACGCCGGGCAGUUCUCUAAACCUCUCAUUUGAAGUUCAGGUUUGCGACGAAUUCAGAGAGGGACAAGAACGUAAGCUGCACACCCUAUUGCAUGGAAAGCCAGAACUAUCCCGUUUUAGUUCUAAUGUAGCGGCAAGAUGACCAAGUGUUGAUGUGUAGUUGGUUGUCUUUUGCCUCCCUUAGCUACGGUUGCAAGGAAAGGAAGUGUCGAGCGAUACUUUGACGAGCGAUUGAGCGCAGGUUCAGCUAAAGACGGCAAGAACGUCUCCGUGGAGAAGGACUCGCAAACCAAGGACGCUUUUGAUAUUAAGUACGAGAGCUUCGGAUGCACAGAAUCUUCACACUUCCUGUGUGUCAGCCUGUAGAUGGGGAGCAGGAUUGGUCUGAAUCUCUGCUGCUCGGUGAGGAUAGGCUGGAAGAGGAUCCAGAGAGCAGCCAAUCACAGGUGGAACAGAAGAUCAGUGAGGAGAAUACCUGUGGCACUUCCUGGGCAGCUGCUGCUAAUGGUGGCGAAGGACCCCUCAAACAGGAGCCUCUCACUCCGGGACUCUCCCUGCCUGGGUCCUCAGAGGGUCUGGAGUUCCAGUGUGCGUGGAGCGAGGCCAACAGCUCAGGAACGUUCUCGGAGCACGGAGACGCCCGGUUAGAGGACAACUUCUCUGCUCCACACUACCGAGCUUCGCGGAGGCCGUACUCGGAGAAGGACAAGGGACCAACGUCACAGCUCGAGCAGAAACAAAAUGGCCACCCCCACAGGCUUCCUGAUGACACUUCGACAGGGAGGCCUUUUCUCCCGGGUUCUCCGGGAGAGUGCGAUGGGAGCACCCUAUGCGAGGUGAGUUUCGACACCUCCGCGGAAGUGCAGGGUCGCGGGAGAACAGAGGUCGGACGGUCGGAGUUCAUCUGCACGCGCUGCGGGAGGACGUUCCCGGACGCCCUCGCGCUGCAGACGCACGAGGAGCAGCACCUAAAGGCCCACCAGCGCCUCCUCGCCGGAGAGAAAGCGUUCACUUGCGAGCAGUGCGGCAAGCGCUUCUCCCAGGUCGGCAAGCUUAAAGUCCACCGGGCGACUCACGGCGGCGGGGGGAAGGGCUUCAGCUGCACCGCGUGCGACGGGAGCUUCUGCUCGUUCGCGGCUCUCCUCCGGCACCGCCAGGGCGACCACCGCGGGGACCCGCGCGUCGUCUGCGAACCCUGCGGGGAGUCCUUCGACGGAGCCGACUCCCUGGAGCGGCACCGCCGGGCGCUCCACAGAGAGAAGCGCUUCAGGUGCGCGCUCUGCGGCGGCGGCUUCACCACCAACAGCAACCUCCGGUCGCACCAGAGCGUGCACACGGGGGAGAAGCCGCACCGCUGCAAGGAGUGCGGGAAGAGCUUCACCUACCUGUGCAACCUCAAGACCCACCUGAGGGUCCACACCGGCGAGAAACCGUACAGGUGCGCGGUGUGCGGCAGGGGUUUCUCCCAGAACCACGCUCUCCGGAGACACGCGCUCACUCACUCUUAGACGGGGGCGUCGGGUGAAAUUCGGGGGAACCUUCGGGCGAAAUGAUUGAUGACUUCAUUGCUUUGCACUGUGCACAGGUGUCCCAAAUGGAUUUAACGAGCCCUAUAAGUGUGGUUGUGGUAGUGGUAGUGUGCCCUUACAAUCAAUACAGAAUAAACGACAGUUUUCACCAAC